UUGAGGUUAAGAAUAUGAUUACCAACAGUCGAGUUAAUAGAUAACUCUUGACAUAACCUCGAAAGUGUCUGAUCGUUGUUCAAAAAUAAACAGUUCAGUAUAUGGCACUUUGUUGAUAAAAAAAACUAACAAUAAAUUGGAAAAUGAGUGUAGUUAUAGAAACGACAAUCGGUGAUUUUACUGUUGAUUUAUUCACUGAAGAACGACCGCAGACAUGUCGAAACUUUCUCAAACUGUGCAAAAUAAAGUACUACAACUGGCACUUGUUCCACACAGUCCAGAGUAACUUCAUAGCACAAACGGGUGAUCCAACGGGUACCGGUAAGGGUGGCGAAAGUGUCUACGGUAUGAUCCUGGGUGAGGAGGCCCGUUAUUACGAGGCUGAGCGAAUGCCAAAAAUAAAGCACAAUAGAGUGGGUCUGUUAUCGAUGGUAAACUGCGGUGACAACAUGCUGGGCUCCCAGUUUUUCAUUACUCUAGAUCGAGAUCUGCAGUCCCUGGACGGCGAGCACUGCAUUUUUGGUGAGAUAGUCGAGGGUCUGGAGGUUAUCCUAAAGUUCAAUGAUACAAUCUGCGACGGUGAUCAUCGGCCCUAUCAGGACAUUCGCAUCUCCCACACAGUAAUUCUUGAAGACCCCUACGACGAUCCUGAGAAUUUGCCAGUACCAGAUCGAAGCCCGGAGCCAACGAAGGAGGUCCUGAUGAGCGACAGAAUUGGUGCUGACGAGGUGCUCGACGACACUGCUGGUAUGUCCAUAGAGGAAAUCAUGGAAAUGCGGAGGGACAAGGAAGCUAAAGCUGCUGCAACGAUUCUUGAGAUCGUUGGUGAUAUACCUGACGCUGAUAUCGCACCUCCUGAGAACGUUUUAUUUGUCUGCAAGCUCAAUCCAGUGACCAAUGAUGACGAUUUGGAGAUAAUCUUCAGCAGAUUUGGGAAAAUUAUCGGCUGCGAGGUGAUCAGGGACCGUCAGAGUGGCGACUCGUUGCAGUAUGCGUUCAUUGAAUUUGCUGAGCGCAAGAGCUGCGAAGACGCCUACUUCAAAAUGGAUAACGUACUUAUCGAUGAUCGUCGCAUUCACGUGGACUUUUCCCAGUCUGUAUCGAAGAUGCGGUGGAAGGGAAAAGGAAAAGGAUUUCUUUAUAAUGAGGAGCAGAAGAAUAGCUCUGAUACUCGUGUGAGAGAUGGUCGAGGGAUGAGUUUUGAGAAAAAGACGGGGGGAGGUGAGAGGCAGUCAUAUGGUAACGGAAAUAGAGAUGGAAAUUCAUACGAGAGCGGUAGAACUCACAAACACGAUCAAACGAGGGAGAGAAAUCGAGGGGACGACUGUUACGAGAAUAAUAAGCAUAGCAAGGAUUAUCGAAGACAUGGUCAAUCUAAUAGACGAGAUACGGAACCCAGUAGGACCCGAAAUAGAAGCAGGAGUAGGAAUAGGAGUGGUGAUGAGAGAGAUCGUUUAGCUUAUACAGAUAAUAGCAAUCGACGUCGAGAACGAACAGACUACCGAGAUAAGGAUAAAGAAAGGAGGAGGAGAAAAGAUAAAAAACGAGAGGAAGAGAAGAAAUCAAGGGAUUACAGUAGAUCGAGGAAGGAUAAGAAGAAGCGAUCGAGGGAUACAUCGACCGAAAAAUACCAGAGAAAGAAAAAAUAAUGUAGUAAAAUAGAUAAGUAUACACAAAUUGAAAUUCUCUUGUAUAUAGGGGUGAUGAGAGGAUGUUCCAAUUAAUAUUGAUUAAUGGAACGCGAAUAAAAAAAAGGAAAUUGAAAA